GAAACGGGACCAACACGCUGCGUCACAUCUUAUUUUCCUUUUGGGCCUACAUUAGGCCCAAAUAUGAAAAAAUAAACAAAAACUGACAUGACAUUCAGUUCAUUGACGUCGUCUGGUUCAGUUGAAUAAGUGUAAACUUGACACCAAGGUAGUAGGCAUAGAGAAGAAUGGAGGGAGAAGAAGAGUUGCUGUGGAAAUCGGAGCCACAACGCGAGUCCAUCGUCUCCGUCACGCUCGCACGUGCCAUCACUUCUCUUCUCACUUCCCGUCCUAAGAAGCUUCACGACUCUAUUUCUCGCCUCUCCUCACAUUCUUCGCGCUCGCACACUUCACUCGUUUCCCUCGAAGACUCUCUCUGGUUUUUCCACAGCUACGUUGCCGACGCUGCGACCAAUAAUUCUUCCCUCGACCAAGUCCUUCUUCCAAUCAUCGACAGCGUGUUAAAGUCCAAGCAUGGUGACCAAGCUAUGCUUCUGUUGAACUGGCUCUUCCAGGACGAGCUUCUUUUCCAACCCGUUGCCGAGGCUCUCGCUGGCGUCGUUGCCAGAAAGCACGUGCACGACCGCUACUUGUUGCUUGGUUGGUGCCUCCUUCUUCGGAAUCUAGUUGAAUUUGAAAGUUCCGCUCAUCAAUCCAUGUUAAGUGGUGAGUUUCUAGUACUUGAGAUCUAA